CCUAGGAUAAAAAUCGAUUAGCGACCCUAUUCACCCCCUCCCCCUCUAGGGUUGGACACUCCGGUGAUCCUUACAGAGACCGAAAGGCCGAUUGAAAUGACAACCUCCCAAGGUGAUGGAAUGUCUAGAAAAGUAAAGGAAAGUGGUGAAGGAGAAGACAUUGAACCAUCUCAUGAGGAACUCAACAAUGAUAGGUGCUGUGAUGCACGGUCAUUCUCUGUGGAAGUUACAUUAAAUCUAUUUAAAUAUGAUUAUUUUUUUCUAAUAUCAUGACCAGUGACAUGGUGGCCGACAGGGGUGUCACAAGAGAUUCACACAAGAUCGACAUUGAUGGGGAUAAACAUGUUGCCAAGGUUGGAACAGAAAAGCAAAGCGCCGAUAAAGAAGAGAUUGAACCAAACGAGCAGGGACUCGGAGUGGAUAGUGAUGUGUUAGCCGACCGGGAUGUGCGGACAGAGUCUGUUAACGAGCCAAAAGGUAAAGAGCGUGCAUUACAUGAGAUCAUGGGAUCUAUGGUUCAUAAUAAACCAAAAAGUUCAUGGUCGGCACAAAUAGUACCAAAAGAUUAUGCCUGCAACAAAGACGAUCUUUAUGUUAUUGAAUAUGUCAAAAAAAUUCCAUCUUCGCUGGGACAGGAAGAGGUAGUGUUCAUUGGUGAUACUCCAGUAAAACGAUAUCAAAUAGAAUGCCUUUUCCAACUAGACGCUCACGUGUAUGAUGAGGUCAUAAAUGCAUACUUAGAUUUAUUAAAUUGGCAAGACCACAUGCUAAACAGGCCAGGUGGUACCGCCUACAUAGAAAAUACUUUGAUGACUACAUUUAUGAGGCAUGAUGCUGGAGUUGACCUAGAGGAUUCAUAUCCACCGAAAGAGAUUUCUAAAAUUUCUCGUUCUGGCAAUCAUCGGCUGUUAUAUUAUUUGGCAAAUGACAUGGUAAUACAUAUUAACUCUAUGGUGCCUUAAUUAUCAUGACAUGGUUUCUAAAAUUUGGCUCACCUACAUCUGAUAUUUGCCUAUACGUUAUUCUUGAUGGUUAU